GACAACUCCUUGUUACUCGGCCAAUCUGCUCUUGAUGCACAGCGGAAGGAGAAGGAACGAUUAGAACGUCUGGAACGUCAGAAGCAGUCUUUGGGUGAAAAUGGUCACAUAGAACAGGUUCGAAAACGUUCGAGGUGGAUGUACUCGGAGAAAGACAGGGCUGAUCAUGUAAAAAUGGAGAAGCAACACAAAAUUGAGAAAGAGCGAAUGAGGAAGCGGAGAAACUCUCAUGAGUUGGAAAAAAUCGAGCUGACCCAAACAGGACGUCUGCUUGUGAAUGCUGGUUAUACGGUUCAUGUGAGUAUAUCUGAAAAAUACCUUGAAUUCCUGAAAUCGUUAAGUGAAUUUGACACGUCGCCAGGAUUUGGAUGCAUAUUGGCACACAGUAUGGGUUUAGGAAAAACUAUUCAGGUUAUAACCUUCAUCGAAGUGUUUUUACGAGUCACACAGGCCAAAAGAGUUUUAGUAAUCGUGCCCAUCAAUACAAUUCAAAAUUGGUAUUACGAGUUCGAAAAGUGGCUACCGAGGUAUUCGGAAACCGGGGAAAUUUGUCGACAGUUUGAGGUCUUUCUUUUGGGAGAUGCAGUUAAAACAUUUGAUCAACGUGUUAACCUGAUCGAGGACUGGUCUCGCAAAGGUGGAGUAUUGCUGAUUGGUUAUGAAAUGUUCCGCCUGCUUAUACGGUCUACUCAGCCGAAAAAACCUGCGAAACCAAAGCCCAAUUCUUUCAAUCCCGAUCGGUCAGAGAAAAUCGACGAUUUCGAUAAAGGAUUUACUGCGGAUGGUAGAGUGAAAAAGGAAGCCAACGAAAUUAUUCGUAGCGCCCUCAUUAACCCAGGAGCUGAUUUGGUUGUGUGCGACGAGGGGCACAAAAUCAAGAAUCUUAAUACUGACAUUGCUGUUGCUUUGGGGGCUAUCAAAACGAGACGGCGGAUCGUAUUAACGGGAUAUCCAUUGCAAAACAAUCUCAUGGAGUAUUAUUGCAUGGUGGACUUUGUACGACCGGAUUUUCUGGGUUCGAGAAAGACGUUCUCAAUUCAGUUCGAAAAGCCCAUCAAAAAUGGCCAAUGCAUUGACUCGACAGCCAGAGACGUAAAGAUUGCUCGACAAAGGAUUCACGUUCUCAACAGCAUGCUGAAGGGUUUCAUUCAAAGAAGAACUCAUCAUCUACUGAAAGCAAUUCUUCCUGAAAGCAAAGAGUUUGUCCUUCUUUUGCGAAAGAGUCCUCUGCAGCACGCUUUAUAUAGAAACUUUGUUAUGUAUGCGAAUUCUGAAAUUAGCUCGGGAAACACGUCUGUCUUCAAUCCUCUGAAAGCAUUCGCUGCUUGCUCGAAGAUAUGGAACCAUCCUGAUAUUCUUGCGAAAACACUUGAAAGGAAGCGUGAAGAAAGAAGAAAGGCGAUGCAGCAGAAGGAUGUAAGAUUUGUACUUUUAUUAUUUCCCAUGACAUGUCAGGAUCCGAAGCAAGGAGAUGAAUCAUCUCGUACUUCCUCAAAAGCGAGGCGCAGCAAUCGUCUGAAGACGGGAACUAUUCGAGGAGUAUUGGAAGAGGAGUUCGACUUGACAGAAAUUGAUCAGGGGCUGCAGUAUGACUGGGCUGAAAUAGCUAUGGCAUCCUAUAAAACUGGAAACAUCGAAAACGGGUACAAAAUGGUGUUGGCAAUGGAGUUGCUAGAUGCAUGUGUAAAGAUAGGGGAGAAGAUGCUAAUUUUCAGCCAAAAUUUAACUGCUCUCGAUCUUAUCGAAAGCUACCUGAGUCGACGACCACUGAAAACACCUACUGAGACGACGAGCUGGAUGAGGAGUAUAAAUUACUUCAGGCUAGAUGGAGCGACACCUGGCUCGGAAAGAGAAAAAUUAAUCAACCGCUUCAACUCGGACCCGAGCGUCUAUCUGUUCUUGAUAUCAACACGAGCGGGAUCACUUGGCAUUAAUCUGGUCUCUGCAAACAGGUGCAUAAUAUUCGAUGCUUGUUGGAAUCCAUGCCAUGAUGCACAGGCGGUUUGUAGAGUGUAUAGGUUAUAUGGACAACAACGUCGCACCUUUAUCUAUCGUCUCAUUCUGAACAAUUGUAUGGAGAAGGCAAUAUUCAACCGACAAAUUAGCAAGCAUGGGCUCCAGCAGCGUGUUGUUGAUGAAGCACAAGUGGAUGCAAACAUUACACAAAAAGAGCUGGAAACGCUCUUGAUGUAUGAUGAGUCAUUGGACGUAAUCCAUGAAAAGUGGGACACAACGCGGUGGGAUUUCGGCGACGAAGUUUUAGAAUCUGUUGUGAAGAAUAGGAGCGAAAUGCUUGCAGAGGAACCAUUCCUUCAUGAGUCUUUAAUGCUCGAAAGGGAGGAAGGCUUGAGUGAAGAGGAGAAAAAAGAAGCUGAGCUAUGGUUCACUAGAGAGCAAUAUAAAGAUGUAAGGGUUACACUUAUCUUCCCAUCACAUAUCGUUCCUUGGUUCUUUCUUUCUGCUUUUAAUGAUACUAUUUUGGAUUCGUUUAUUAAUAGCUCUAAUUUUGGAUCUUUAGUAGGCCCUAAUCGCAUGUUCAAUCCGAUGGAGGGUCCUCGUCGUGUUCCACCAUUUCCUGGAGCUGCUAUCGCUUUCGAACCAGCAUCAAAUAGUAGAGGAAGUGUUCAGCUGAUUAGAACUGAUCGAGUUCUAAGUUUGCCAGUCGUAUCUCAUCCAUCAGAACGACGUGAAAUUCCUGCAAAUACCCAAGCUAUGUUGGUCCUUCCCAAUCGGGUACCUCCAUUGGUCACAAUACCGCCUGAUCCACCACGACCACUGAGACUUCCUCCAGCGUUGAACCCCGUUCCCGAUAUAAUCGAGCUGGACUAG